AUCCCUGCUAAAUAUAGCUGUUUCUCUGUUACAACACAGGCUCCAGUAUAUAAAUCAGGCAAAUUCCCCGUUGAGCAUGAAUCUGAAAACUGCCGGCAUCUAAGGUCUCCUCCAAGCCCUCUGGAGUCCAGCCCAUAAUGAAGGUCUCGGCAGGGAGGGGCACCGGCCGCUGAGCAGCUUGCAAACUCCGGCAGGGACGGAAGCAGGUGUCGCCUCCAUCUGCUACUGCCUGGAAAGCUGUGGUCUUCGCUAGGUGAGCCCGGGGUGUGGGGGUCCCAACCUUCCCGGGGCCUCAGAGCUGUCUGGGGAUGCUGGGAGGAACAGGGGACCCAGGAGAAGUGAACUUGAGGCUGCCACUGUCCCAGCAGGGGAGAUCCCGGUGGCGCUCCAGCACGCUCCAGCAACCCCCUUCAACCCAGCCUCACCGGUUCUCUAGCCUCACUGGUCUGCUGACCCCCAGCCCCUGCUGCUGGACUACCCGGAGAGGCCCCUCCGAAGGGACUCGAGAGUAAAUCGGGGAAGCAGGCGCCCUGGGGGGAGGGGCGGCCCAGGACAGGCCCAGGCAGCUCCCAGCUCUCCUGUCACCUUUCACUUUCCUUCCUCCCCCGCCCACCUGGCUGCCUGUGACCUUUUCCCUUUUGUCUUUUCUGGUUGCACCAUUUCCUUUCCCUCCUGAAGCCUGUGAGGGCCUGUGGGACCCCAGGAUUCUCCUUGUCCUAACCCAGAGCCUGGGACAAAAGGGGGAUGGCAUGAAGGCAGGAGCCGUGCAGAGCUGGGGGAGAAGUUCUGAAUGAUGAUUUGGGGUUGGAGAGGGAGCAGAAUUGCAGAAUUGGGGUGGGGUUGAGGGUCCUAGAUAGGCGAGCGGCCACAUUUGGAGAAAGAAAGCUAUAGAAGAGAUAGGGGAGGGUAGGGGGCGACAUUAGGGGACGAAUGGCCCUGGGAGUCAGCAUCAAAUGACAGGUUUAAAGAGGUAGAAGAGUGUCAACAGAAGACCCACCUCCUCCCCCAUCGGGGUCCCAUGGAAUCCCGAUCUGGGAGAUCUGGCCUGCAAUGGGUCAGUGAACAUGAAGCAAUGUAGAAGAAUCUGGACCAUCCUGCGAGGUAGGAAGACCUGCUGGGCCCAGGGCAUGGUGCCUUCCAGCCGGAGGGUCAGGAGGCCUCAGGGAAAGGGCUGGAUGGUUGGUGUCACCCUGGACCCAGCUCCCUGCUGGUGGGAACAGCCCAUUCUCAGGAAAGAGAAGGGAAAUAUAGGAAAGUGGAGACAACCAGAGCUAGAGAGCGAGCGAGCGAGACAGAGAGAAACAGAUACAGUGACAUCAUGAAAACUAGAAGCAACCAGGGGAAGAUAGAGCUGGAGGUGGAGCCAGGGCACUGGUGUCCCUGGGGAGAUGAGGUGCAACUUCUGCCACGAGCCCCCUUGCCUGCCCCCAACCCCUUGCUCAUGGCUCCUUCCUGCCUAUUCCCAGAAUUCCUGUCCCUGCUGCUGGUUCUGCACUGUACACACGGGGCGGGGAGCCCCCUUCCUAUCACCCCUGUCAACGCCACCUGUGCCACACGCCACCCAUGUCACAGCAACCUCAUGAACCAGAUCAGGAACCAACUGGCGCAACUCAAUGGCAGUGCCAAUGCCCUCUUUAUUCUCUAUUACACGGCCCAGGGGGAACCAUUCCCCAACAACCUGGACAAGCUGUGCGGCCCCAAUGUGACGGACUUCCCGCCAUUUCAUGCCAACGGCACAGAGAAGAGCCGGUUAGUGGAGCUGUACCGCAUCAUCGCCUACCUUGGUCCCUCCCUGGGCAACAUCACCCGGGACCAGAAGGUCCUCAAUCCCAACGCCCUGAGCCUCCAUAGCAAACUGAAUGCUACUGCAGACAUCAUGCGGGGCCUCCUCAGCAAUGUGCUCUGCCGCCUGUGUAACAAGUAUCACGUGGCCCACGUGGAUGUGGCCUAUGGCCCUGACACCUCAGGCAAAGAUGUCUUUCAAAAGAAGAAGCUGGGAUGUCAGCUCCUGGGGAAGUAUAAGCAGGUCAUCGCCGUGGUCGCCCAGGCCUUCUAGAUGGGAGGUCUUGAAAGCGUGCAGUGAGUGACCUGAGAUCUUAGACUCAGGCAGCUCUCAAACUGUGGCCAGGGCCCAGAACAUCACCAGACCCAAGUGGAGACUGCUGGCAGAUGCCCAAGGGGUUCCUGGCUGGUCCAUUUCGCUCUAGGGUGGGCUGUGCUGAAGCCGAGCAGAAUCAAACCCAUAGGCAGGGCCUCUCUAUAGGGCCAGUUAGAAGAAGGCACCCCUUCCUCUGGGAGACUGCAGCCACGCACUAGGGUGUUGGGCUGGUCAUGGGAUUAUGGGCUGGAUCUCUGUCCCCACCUGUCUCCUUGGCCAGGGGCUUUAUGAGAACACGGCACAAGUUGUACACGGUGACCCUGACCAUGGGGCGAGACAGCAGGGGUCAGGGGACUCUCCCAGCCCCACAGAAUGACCACCAUUGGUGCCUUUGCUGCCCUUAGGUAGGUUUUAGAAGAUUUGACUGGGCUCAGGCAGGCCAGAGUUGCUGGGAUCCUGUGGACUAGCCUUGGUCCCUAUGAGUAUAGUGAGUGGAAGUUAAAGAAGGUGCAUUCUGGUGUGAGAUGCUCCUUCUCUUGAGCAUGAUUGAAGAGCUCAGGUCUAGGGACUGGAAUAUAAAGCAGAAACUUCCAGUAUGAGCUUGCUGGCAUUCAGGCUCCUAGGAAGGCAAAGAAGCCACCUUCAGGCCUAGGAAGGAAGAGAGGUCCUGAAGGCUUUGGCAGGCUCUCCUUCUGGUCCACAGGCUUUCCUGAAGCCUGGGAUGGUCAGAGUCUGGUGGCUGGACCUGGAGAUAGGGUUUAUGGAGGUGGCCAGGUGGCAAAGUCAGGCGAGGAGGUUCUGAGGGGACCCAGAGUGUUCCUUCUGGGCAAUGGUCUAUAAGGAUGGGAAGGCCUGGGUAGUUCAGAGUGGCAGCUCACAUCUGGGACCCAGGGAGGCCCUGCAAGGUCACACAAAGGUACUUGAGGGGAACCAGACGCCGUCUCUGGUUCUUAGGGCAAGGGGACAGAAGAACCUGAGGUUAGAGUCUCAGAGAAGCCUGAAAGCCAAGAGUGCUGUGUAUCUGACCCAGCAUGAUUGUCUAUUUAUUAUGAUGUGCUAUUUAUAUUAACUUAUUGGUGCUUUAAAUGGCAAAGUUAAUUCCCCUUUCCCUGCUUCUUACCCAACAGAAAUAAUACGAUGGCUCCUAUAGGAGCCAGGCCCAGGCUCUAGACCAGGGACUGGUCUAGAUGUCAAAGAUGUUACAAGUGGAAUAAGCCUUACGGGUGAAGCUCAGAGAAGGGUCAGGAUCUGAGAGAACUGGCCAGCCAUGGGAGGGGAGGGGAGCAGGGACCUGGCUCCACACUCCAUCCCAAAUAUGACUCACUCUGGGGUUAUCAGGAUCCUGGCUGCAAGGCAAGAGGGGGCCAGUUUGUGGAGUGGCCAGGGGCCUUCUCCCAGGUCUGCCAUGUUAGUUGGCUCCAGGGGGCUCAUUCAACAUGGUGUUUUUUGGCACCUCCUAGAAUUGUGCCAUCAGGGGGCAACAUUCAUGGUUGAAAUGGUGCCCUGGAGCACUGGGUAAGGCACUCCUGGUGGCCUGCUCUGCUGCUCUUUGCUUGUCCCCAAGCUGCCUCUAGGCCAGCAGUUGAGGGGCGCUGGAGCAGUCCAGACACAGUACCCAGCAUGCUUGCACGCAGUGGGGAAGCUCCUUCUCUGGUGGCCCAAACACCCACAGAGGGUGAGAGGGCCUGGCUGGACCUCGGGAACUGGGGCGGUACAGGGAGGAGCUCCCUGCUCUAGAGAGGAGGCUCCGGAGGCCCUGGGCCGAGGACCAGGAAGCUGUGGUCCCUCCUGCUCCACCUCCCCCCACGCCCCCACCCAUGUCUGGGCUCCCAGGCAGGGAACCCGAUCCUUUCCUUUGUGCUGGGGCCAGGCUAGUGGAGAAACGCCCUCCAGUCUGGGAGCAAGGGAGGGGGUGCGGAGCUGGGGCAGCUGCUAAAAGCAGCGUUCUGGCUUCUUCUCAGACCCUAAGCUGUGGCGGUCCUAGUGGUUCAGCCAAUGUGAUUAUGAUACUUUGCACUCACUUUGCACCUCUGUGUCUUCUCUGAGCACUUUACCCAUGCACACCAGGUGGCAGGUGGUGAGGCAGCAGGCGGGUCCUGAUCCCUGGGGCUGGUGGAAGGGGGAGGAGGGCAAGGCCGGGGCACAGAGUCGGGAGUUGUCCAUCCCAUUGGCAAGGUUGUUUUGUGGCGGGUGGCAGAGGAGACCAUGACAGCCACAUGUUUUCUGAGCUGUUUUCAUCUCACCCUCAGUGUCUGAGCCUGCUUCCCUCCCCAAGCUCUCCUCCUUUGGUGAACACGGCUCAGAAGGCUUGGGGCCAGCUGGGUCUUUAAUCACCCCAUUACCUUGAGUACACCGACUCUCAAUGCUGAGCCCAGUUGGGCAGCCCCAUGAGGCCCAGGAACCAAGGGGAUCUCCUUGCCUGAGCCCAACACAGACUCUCCACCUCAUCCCUACCGCCUCUGCCUUCCCUGCCCCCAUUUCCUGCCCUGCCCCUCAGCCUCCAUCCUCAGCUCUCGUUCUAGAACCAAUCCAGCAGACCACUUUGCAUAGCAUCCUGGAAUUAUGGGGCUUCUGUGUGGAAAAAGCUUUGCAGGGCAGGAAGCUGUCCUUUACUCGUUUUUCAUCUGCUGGUGUGGACCCACACCUGCAUCCUGGGUCAAGAGGAGAAGGGAGAGGCUGUCAGCAGAGGAGGGGGCAGGACAGUCAUUUUGCAGUUUAUGGAGAAAGGAAUAUUGGGGACUUUAUUUAUUUAAAAACCUUUUAAACAAAAAGAGCACCGCUGGUUUGUUUGUCUCUCCUCCUCUCCUUGUCCCUCCUUGGGGACUCCCCCCACUCUUUCCUCCCCCCACCUUGCUGGCUCUCCAGACUAGACACAGCGUGUGGGGCUGGAGGCUGGAAUCAAGUGAGAAUUUCCCUUCAGAUGGUACGAUGUCCUUUCAGAUCACCCCCCACCCCCGCCUCGAUUCCAGUACCUGGGCGUCUCUCCUGUCCACACUGCCGGCUCCGUUUGUCCCUCCUUGUUUCCCUCCUUCCUUUGUACUGGAUAGGACUUGGCCUUGUGGGACAAAUUCCUCUUUGAUGAAUGUACCCUGUGGGAAUGUUUCAUACUGACAGAUUAUUUUUAUUUAUUCGAUGUCAUAUUUAAAAUAUUUAUUUUUUAUA